GACCAGAUGGACCCUUUGCAUGGAGGGGCACUGCAGUAAGAUCUGACACUCGUCCAAUCGCCCGCCGCCAAUUCUUUCAAAAGGCGAGCCGGAUCCCACCAGAUGCCCGGGUCAAGACCCCUCUGUCUCCACGCGCAACAAAUCCAACGGCUCUCUCCCCUGCGCAGCUCAGGCCAUCAACGCAAAUAGCAUUUUUUUUGUGACAGCUCGAUCCUGAUUAUCUAAACGGCUCCCUGUCUGCACCGUCUCAUCCUGGUGUGGUCCACAGUGCACACGACACCCCAGACAACGCAUCAUAUCCCAGAUAAGCACGGGGAUCGGAUUGUUCGCUCGGCCAGCCUGCUUCCAUCUUUGGCAAGUAUAAGACAAACGAAAGCCCUCCUGUGUCCCUGACGACGCCGGCUCCUCCUCAGAUCGACAUCGACAUCCCAAAGCCCUCGGCCUUCCUCACCAUCACCGUCACCGCCAACCACCAUCUCCACAUCUACUUGUCAGCUCUUGACUGAGUCCGACAAGCCUGUAACACACCGUAUCUGACAAGAUGACGACCACAUACCUCGCUCCCCACGAGUCCGACCGCUUCGACUAUGUCGUCGUCGGUGGAGGCACGGCCGGAUGUGUGAUUGCCUCCCGUCUGGCCGAGUACCUGCCUCACAAGAGGAUCCUCCUGGUCGAGGCUGGCCCCAGUGACUUUAUGGACGACCGGGUCCUCGACCUGCGUCAGUGGCUGGCCCUCCUCGGCGGCGAGUUCGACUAUGACUACCCUACCACCGAGCAGCCCGAGGGCAACUCUCACAUCCGCCACUCGCGGGCCAAGGUCCUGGGCGGCUGCUCGUCCCACAACACGCUCAUCUCGUUCCGGCCGUUCGAGUAUGACCUGAAGAUCUGGGAGUCGCUGGGGGCCAAGGGCUGGGAGUUCAAGGACUUCAUGCGCAUCAUGGACAAGCUGCGCAACUCGGUCCAGCCCGUCCACGCCCGCCACCGCAACCAGCUGUGCAAGGACUGGGUGCUGGCCUGCAGCGACGCCAUGAACAUCCCCGUCAUCCCCAACUACAACGAGGAGAUCACCAAGACCGGCUCGCUGAAGCAGGGCGUCGGCUUCUUCAACAUCUCCUACAACCCCGACGACCACCGCCGCUCCAGCGCCUCGGUCGCCUACAUCCACCCCAUCCUGCGCGGCGAGGAGCAGCGCCCCAACCUGACCAUCCUCACCAACGCCUGGGUCGACCGCAUCAACGUGCACAACGACACCGUCAAGGGCAUCAACCUCGUCCUGCGCGACGGCUCCCGCCGCACCGUCAGCGCCCGCACGGAGACCAUCCUGUCCGCCGGCGCCGUCGACACCCCCCGCCUCAUGCUGCUCUCCGGCCUGGGCCCCAAGGACCAGCUGCAGGCCCUCGGCAUCCCCGUCUUCAAGGACAUCCCCGGCGUCGGCGAGAACCUGCAGGAUCACCCCGAGUCCAUCAUCAUGUGGGAGCUCAACAAGCCCGUGCCCCAGGGCCAGACCACCAUGGACUCGGACGCCGGCAUCUUCCUCCGCCGCGAGAAGCCCGACGCCGCCGCCUACAAGACGCCGGCCAACCCCAAGGCGCUGCCCGACGGCGACAUCGCAGAUGUCAUGAUGCACUGCUACCAGAUCCCCUUCACCUUCAACACCGAGCGCCUGGGCUACGAGAAGGUCGCCGACGGCUACGCCUUCUGCAUGACCCCCAACAUCCCGCGGCCCCGGUCCCGCGGCCGGCUGUACCUGACCUCGGCCGACCCCUCGGUCAAGCCGGCCCUCGACUUCCGCUACUUCACCGACCCGGAGGGCUACGACGCCGCCACGCUGGUCUACGGCAUCAAGGCGGCGCGCAGGAUCGCCGAGACGGAGCCCUUCAAGGGCUGGAUCAAGCGCGAGGUCGCCCCCGGCCCCAAGGUCCAGUCCGACGAGGACAUCAGCUACUACGCCCGCAAGGUCGCCCACACCGUCUACCACCCGGCGGGCACCACGCGCAUGGGCGACGUCGAGGCCGACGACCUCGCCGUCGUCGACGCCAAGCUGCGCGUCCGCGGCCUCAGGAAGCUCCGGAUCGCCGACGCCGGCGUCUUCCCUACCAUCCCUACCAUCAACCCCAUGCUUACGGUCCUGGGUGUUGCUGAGCGGGCGGCCGAGAUGAUUGCUGAGGAGGCGGGAUGGAAGCACAGCGCCCGUCUGUGAGGGGGUUGUGUGUGACGGUGCUGUGCUGGGUGUGCUAGGAAGGGAAAAGGAGUGAUGGCGAGAUCCAGGGAUGGUGGUUGGGUUGGUGAGAUGAUGAAAAUACCCCCUGCAUUGGCUGCGGGCAACCAUAGAGUUGAACAAGCGGUUUGUAUAGAUGCGCAACUUGUGUUGUACGCAUGAAAUCAGAUAAAAUGAGCAAAGUUUUACGACCUUGA